AUCUCCGCGACGGUGUAGAUCGGAUGGUUUAAGCUGUUUGUAUAUAAAUCCGGCGCAUGGCCUAUUAAGUACCUGCUUCGUUCGUCAUAUAUAUUAUACCCUUAUUUUAGGAUAUGUCGUCUUUAUGUCAGAGAACAGACAUAUGACAAAAAUCUACAUCCAAUCGUAAAACUACGCUCGUUCAAUCAACUUCUCAAAAGAUAAUAUAAUACUUGGAUAUCUCAUAGAUACACCGGUUUCACAUUCUAUUCUCUUGAAAUCUAAAGUAAGAUUGUCAAUUGAAAUACCGUAAAAAAGAAUCGUUUCUACGAAUCGUAAGAAUACUCGUGAACGAAAGGUUGGUGUUCGUGGUUAAAAAGCGCGCGCGUACGGCCGUAUUUCUCUGUUUUGAUUUCGGACAGCGAGCGCGCAGACAGCAAGAGUGGACUUGAAAAUAACCCACGGCAGGAGAAGGCCCGUCUAUUAAUAGUGAAGAGUGAGAGUAUCUUUGUCGUGCGUGUUCGGCAGCGUCCCCGACGGUUUCGCAGCGAAAUUCGUCAGUCGAUUUACCGUUCCGCGAUACAUUCCUCGCACGUACACGCCGGGGAAACGCGUAACUCGAUCGGAACACGAUGUUCCGCGCAAGUUUGCGUCCAUACCCGGCAACCGUCGUUGUCUGUUGAAUUUCCCUUUUGCUUCGCGUUGGCGGAUAGGCGAAAAAACAUCGAGAGACUAGAGAAUCGGAUAUACAGAGAAUUAGAAGACAGGUUCAAUUAAAACCAAAAGAGAACGUACUGGUUGUAACGCGAAAUCGAGAGGUGUGCUGUGUCGGAUGAGAACGGAAGAUUCUUCGAAGGUUCCACGAGUUUGGCUUUACCUAUAGAGACGAACUGGAAGGAAGUUAAAACCACAUUCGAGUGAUUCUAAAUAAAGAACUAUGCGGAGCAGUGGAUGAGCAGUGGGGCGGAGCUGGCUGCGAGAGGGAAUAUGCGGUGAGUAAGAAUGGUACAGCGAGCCGCAUGCAGCAUCGAGGCGAAUACAUUCUCCAAUGGCGUACGGAUCAGCGAACGGGAAGGAAGAACGUCGGACGUCGUCGCGACGGAAGCGUCCGUAGACCACGAGUCGCGUAACAUUCACGAGGCAGGACGUGGCAACGCGAGAUUCUCCCUGUUCAAGUGGUUCAAACGGUCCGGUAAUCGCGAAUCAACGGUGGACAAAAGGCGAAAAACCAUCGAUAAAUACGGAGAUAAUGAAAACGGCCGGCAACGAAGCGUAUCGUCGAGCGCGGAAAGCGUAGACACGUUUUAUAGUACCACCACGGUUCGUAGUUUCGCCUUUCACACUGGCACCUUGAGCAGUUACAAUGGAUUAUCGUUAGACAUACUAGAGCAAGCGGCCGAAGUUGGCCCCUUCGCGGCUGGAGCUUCGAAGGUUGCAGUUGGCAACAAAGAGAACGAGUUAGCGGAUGUUGCCUGCACGCUACCUACGAACGCUCAUUCUCAUAGAAGAGACAUAACCGCGAGAUACUCGCUACAGCCGUCGACUACCUUUAAUUCUUGCGGAAAUUUACCGCUUCCCGAUCGACGAUUGUUGGAAUCGUUGAGAAGGCUAGACGAUCGAAAAAAUCAUUAUAGCGUAAACUCCACCCGUAGAAGGGUACACGUGAAGGGGAAACGACGCGCACCGAAUCCUCCAGUGACUUCGAUCAAAGCAAUAGAGGUAGAUGCACGCGAAACAUCGAGGAACAGCAGCAGGCGAAAGCGACGCGCGCCGAAACCACCGGAGAAGAUCGUCGAUAGUAAUUCGCCUGAGAAAAAGUGCGAGAAUCAGAUUACCGAUGGCGGAAUGGACGUAGAAAAACCAGCAGACACCGAAGACGCGCAAACUUUGAGCAACGACACGCUAGUCCUUCAAGGAGGCGUUCUAAUGCCGAAAAGGGAAUUGAAACGAAGUACGAAGGAGAAGAACACGAAGGACACGAGUGCCAGUUCGUCGGACAUCGCUGUUCUUCAAGAAAACCAGACUGCGGCGCCCGGUAUUGGGACUCUGAGCACCGCCAUGCCACGACCUUGGUAUAAACGGAGCGUCUUCGAACAUUCUCGGGAUUCCGGAGCGUCCAGGAGGGGCGAUGUCCUCCGGGGGCCAACAAGCUCGACGAUCGAAAUAAAAGAAGAAUGUGCUGCCACGAACACGGCUUCUUCCACGAGCUACUCCGUGGACGCGUCUUUGUCUAGGCGGAGCUUCUUCCAUCGUGGCGGACAAACGGAGGACAGGAAGAAGGAAGCAAAACGAAGAUCCGGCCUGUCGAUUUUAACGAACAUCAGCGAACUUGACAAAGAAGCCGCAGCGAUCGUACAAGAAGAACAAGCACGAGCGAGAGCCUCGAUGCUAUUGAAAUCUUCGAAAUUCGUAGAUGCUUUCGAAAAAAGGAACGAUAUGAACGAGGAACUCGUUCAAGACAUCGUCACGUCGGCAAUGGAAAGUUCGUCGCCCAGACGUGGCACGCGAGCUCUGAUUUCCAAGUUCAACGCCAUCAGUAACAUAACCAAGGUCACGGUGAAUGCCAAUUUCUUCGCAAGGAACGCCAGGGAUCAGCAGCCGGCGAAGUUUGAACGAGACGUGGUGAGAAAUGCGAAGGCCUUCGAGCAUGCUAAUGAUUGGAAGGAUCAUCCGAGAUUUUCGGUUCAGUCUGCAAGCGGACAGGCUAGUCACAUCGAGAAAGAUAUAUCUAGAUACUUUCCACCGCAACAAAAGACAUCUAGAAAUCGGUCAGAGAAUACGGAAAUAGGUGAGAAAGUUUCGGGAGCAAAGGGUAGUUCGAUCAAGGAACAGGGCGAUCGACUAGUCAGUGAAACUUCCAACAGAAUAUCGUUCUUGCAGAGUCAACUGGCUGCAAAUAGAAUGAACGAUCAGGUCGCUCAGAAGGAUAGCACGAUGUCCGUAAUGGAGGAAAAAAUUAGAUCCAGACAGGAAGUCUCCAGUGAAAAGAAGGAAAAGGAAACAAAAGCGAGUAACGAGGGCCAACGAAGACCCUUGUUUCCUCGUAGCUCCGUGGAAGCUAAGGAACACACAACUUUGAACAUCUUUGAAGAACCAAAGAAGCUGGACAGACAACGUAUCGAUGGUGUUCAAAAAGAAUUCUCGGAUAUAUUCGACGAGAUCGACAAGCAAUUGCGUAUGAAAGAGUUGGAGCUUAUUGAUCGUAGGGCGACCCGCACAAACGCGACAGCCACUAAUCAGAGAAGUAAAGUUCACGAGGAAGAAGCCGGAAUAUCAAGUAAGGUAACUAAAGUGCUCGAUAUCCUGGUCGAGGCGGAGAAAGACGCCAAGACAAAGAGCGGCAUACUGCCAGAAAAAUCGAUAGCCGUCGAGGAUACCUUUCGUCCGACCGAACCGAACGCGAAAACGAAAUCGACUAAGACCAGGUCACCGUUAUUGAACACCAUCGAGGAUCCAAUUACAACGGAUUUAAAGGAGAUGUUGAAGGAAAUGAAACACUCGUUACCAAAGCGUUCGAAGCCGGGCAAGAUUGUGACACGUAACACCGACGUGACUGAGAAACUGGCUCCGGAAAAAGAGGUAGCGGCUGGCCCUAGCAAGACUACGUAUUUCGUUUCCGCUGUAACGAAGGUCGAGAAUAUAGCGCUGCAAAAUGAUUACGAGCCCGACAAACAGAAGGUAUCGUGUUCCGUACAAACUAGUGGAAAUAUACGAAGAUUGAAUCAGCCUUCUACAUCCGCGGAACAACCGUCCACCUCGGGUUGGAAACAAGAAAACGUCCUAUACAAAACAUCCGGGAAGAAUUUAGGUGGUUCAGGAUUGGUGAAAAAUACGUUCCAGCUCAUACGACCACGAGAUUUUGCUGAAAUAGAAGCAACAAAAACGACGAGAACACCCGCGUUCAACGAAAACACUUACGCCAAUGUGAUCGAGCAAUCGAUCUACGCGAAUGCACGUGUUACUCCCUCACCCAAACAUACUGGUUCCGAGCGAAAUAUCGUUACGAAAAUUGAUAAUACCAGUGAAAUGCCGAAAACACCGCCCGUAAUUGAACGAAAAUUCAUUGCGAAGGAAGAUACGUUCGAAGGUAGUGAAGAAGAUGACAAUUCAGCGGAAAAGAAUAUGAACACGCUGGCCAUAAACCGAUUACUCAGAAAGCUAGAGGCGGCUAUUGCAUCUGGUCAUCACCAACAAGCAGCUGGUUUAGCAAAGGAACUAGCACGGCUUAAGAUCCAUUGUUCCGUGAUUCGGCAACGAUCAGCUCGUCUCAAAGAUCAGUUGAUUAAAGUCAAUAUGUACAUUGAGGACAAGCUUGCCCACCAGGGACCGAUACCACUUCAGCUGCCCAGCAGAAUGACGGUGGCCGAGUUGAAAGCAAAGAUACAUACCGAAUUCGAGAUACCGACGAACGUGCAACGAUGGAUCAUUGGUAAAAAUUUAGCGGAUCGCGAUGAGGCGACUCUAAACGAAUUACAAGCCGUAAAUGGCUCUCCGGUAUUUUUGUACCUCGUGGCUCCAGAAUUAAGACCUGAAAAUAUGGUACGAGUGGAGAAAGAUAAUGCUGCAGAAGAAGUAUCAAAUGUGAUAAACGAUGAUACAAGUACAUCUGCGGAAGUGUUACAAAUUGUGGAAGAAGAUCCCGAAGAAGUCAAAGAACCUCAGGGGACAGAGGAGAGGGGACAAAAUACGCCAGUGGAAGUGAAGAUGGACAGAUACGAGGAAUUAAUUUCUUUGGAAAACUGUGACGUCAUACCGAACUCCGAACCGAUCGAAUGUCCCGUAUGCUUCGUUACAUACGGUCCUCGUGAAGGAGUGAUUUUGAGGGAUUGUUUACAUAUGUUCUGCAGGUCAUGUAUUGUUAAUACGAUUCGAUACUGCGAAGAAGCCGAAGUGAAAUGUCCUUACAGAGACUCACAAUACACCUGUGAGUCUACUCUCCAAGAACGUGAAAUUAAAGCUCUCGUUGAACCAGAAGUCUAUCAGCAACAUUUAGCCAAAUCAAUCGCUCAAGCGGAGAAUAAUGCUGGAAACAACGCGUUCCACUGUAAAACUCCUGACUGUCCUGGUUGGUGCAUCUACGACGACGAUGUGAACAACUUCCUGUGCCCUGUAUGCGGCGCAAACAAUUGUCUCACAUGUCAGGCCAUUCAUACUGGUAAAAACUGCAAGCAGUAUCAGCAAGAAUUAAGAUUAUCAAAAGAAACGGAUCAAGAAUCGCGAAGAACUGCGGAAAUGCUCGAGGAAAUGGUGGACAGAGGUGAAGCACUCGCGUGUCCCACGUGUGCGGUUGUUCUGAUGAAGAAAUGGGGUUGUGAUUGGUUACGCUGCUCAAUGUGCAAGACCGAAAUAUGCUGGGUAACAAGAGGCCCGCGUUGGGGUCCAGGAGGAAAGGGGGACACGUCCGGAGGCUGUAGAUGCGGAGAAAAUGGAGUCAAGUGUCAUCCUCGUUGCAAUUACUGUCACUGAGAACCAUCAGAAGAUACAAUUGCUGCAACAACGUACAAACAACGGUGCAUAUAAUGAAAUAAAGGGACUGCAGUGCACCAUUAACCAAAAUAUUUUUAUACUAUUGUCGAAGUUAUUGUAUCGGGGCAAACCACUAGUCAAAUGGGUUGAUAUGUAUUUAAUAACGAGUUUGAUAACCGAUAAAUCUGGUACUGAUAAGUUACGUGCGUAUAUGUCACACACACGCUGCUUGCUCAACGAUUAAACCUUAUCGCGGAACCGUCCUUCAUGGAACUGGAAGUAAUAAGAAGUAAUAAAGAGGUAGACACCUCAGUUUCCAACAA